CCUCAGAUCUCUAUGACCUGUAAAAAAAGCACUCAGCCUUCGACCUUGUGCUUUUCUGUGGUCAUGGAACUCCUCAGUGACUAUAUUUUACAACAAAGUAUACAUUAUUCACUAUAUAAUACACAAGAGCCAUGAAUAGGCUGUAAACCUUAUUGGUGCUUAGUCUUGUCAUCAAGUAUAAUCGGUGCUUAGUUAUGUCAUUUCUAUCACAUGACUCACUGAAACUUGUGUAGUAUAAAACAUUAUGUACCCCGUUUUGUAAAAUACAGGGAUAAAAGAAAUCACCCAAGUUCUAUGGCCUGUAUAAAAGCACUCAACUGUUUUAUAUGGUCAUUGAGCUCCUCGUUUUCUUUCUAAUAUCAUUAAAUUUUACAAUAGGGGGUACAUUAUUCACUAUGUAAACGGAGCUUAGUGAUGUUAUGACUAAUAAACAGUGCUUAGUGAUCAUUAAUCAAUGCUUAGCAUCAAGUCACAUUUUAAAACUGUGUCUUAUGUUUUUUUUAUAUAGUCAUUGAACUCCUUGGUAACUUUACAAAUAAUUAAGUACCAAUGUAAUUUAAUGUAAUUAGAAUUCUCUUUGUUUUGUUCUUAAGAUCCACUUUCUUUUGGACUAGGAAAAUAAUUAAGCAUCCUACAAACAUAUACAGGACCUUUUAAAAUGAAUCAAGAAGCUAUAUUGAAUAUCUCUGGAAAUGGAAGCAGAAAAUUACACUGCAGUUCCAUUUUUCAUAAUCAAGGGGAUUUCUGACAACCCAAAGUUUCAGGCUCCCAUUUUCAUUCUGGUUCUCCUGAUUUAUCUUUUUGCUGUUGGUGGCAACAUAGGCAUUCUUUUCCUUGUGGGCAUGGAUUCUAAGCUUCAUAAUCCCAUGUACUUCUUCCUUGGAAACCUGUCUGUCCUUGAUAUCUCUUCCAUCACAGUCACACUGCAUAAGACUCUAGCCAUAUUUCUCACCGGGAAUAAAACAUUAUCCUUCCCAGGCUGCAUAACACAAGUGUAUUUUUUUAUGGCUUUAGAAUGUACUGAGUUAUUAAUUCUGGCUGCCAUGAGUUUAGAUCGCUAUGCUGCUAUUUGUAAUCCUUUGCAUUAUCCCAUGAUUAUGAACCCUAGAACCUGUGCAUUUUUGGCCAGUGUUUGCUGGGUAUUGGGUUUUAUUGAAGUUAUACCACAUGCUGUAAUAACAAAUAACCUCUCUUGUUAUACAUCAAAUGAAAUAAAUCACUUCUUUUGUGAUGUUUUACCUCUGAUGAAAAUUUCCUGUAGUGAUACCUCAUUGUUAAAGCUCUGGAUUGUUACAGAAGGAGUGUUUGUCUCAGGAGUUGUGCCCUUGGUAACCACACUUGUUCCUUACAUUUUCAUUAUCCGUGCUAUCCUUAAGGUUCGUUCAACAUCUGGGAGACAAAAGGCCUUCUACACCUGUUCAUCCCAUGUGACAUUGGUCAUUGUUCUUUAUUUAACCCUCUACUGUCUAUACUUAACUCCCUCCUCAGAGAACACAUUGGAUUCUCAUAAACUCUUUUCUCUUUUUAACACAGCAGCAGUUCCCAUUCUGAAUCCACUCAUUUACAGUCUAAAAAAUAAAGAUGUAAAGUCAGCAGUGAAACGACAACUGCAUUACUUGUACUGUAAAAUGAUUUAUCCGCUGACUUUAAAUUUUAAAAAAUGUGAAAAACAUAUUGAAAGCUGAUUAUAACUUUUCUUUUUUAUAAUGGUUGAAAUGCCCACUAGACAACAUUUUCAAUGAACAGUUAAUAUGUGGGAAUGCCUACAGUACUAGCAUAAUGUUAUAGUAUCUCUCUGUACAGACCAUGGGAAAAAACUAAGAAGUUGCCUGUGUUAUGAAAAGUUCCAUUUAUCACUCUGUAUGAUUGUACAUUAAGCAGGUUGGC